CCCUCCAGCACCAUGCCUUACAACUGCUGCCUGCCCAAUGUGAGCUGCCGCUCCACCUGCUGCUCCCGGCCCUGUGUGCCCCCCAGCUGCCACACCUGCACCCUGCCCGGAGCCUGCAACAUCCCCGCCAAUGUGGGCAACUGCGGCUGGUUCUGUGAGGGCUCCUUCAAUGGCAGCGAGAAGGAGACUAUGCAGUUCCUGAACGACCGCCUGGCCAGCUACCUGGAGAAGGUGCGCCAGCUGGAGCGGGAGAACGCGGAGCUGGAGAGCCGCAUCCGGGAGUGGUGCCAGCAGCAGGUGCCCUUCGUGUGUCCCAGCUACCAGUCCUACUUCCGGACCAUCGAGGAGCUCCAGCAGAAGAUACUGUGCAGCAAGUCUGAGAACGCCAGGCUGGUGGUGCAGAUCGACAAUGCCAAACUGGCUGCAGAUGACUUCAGAACGAAGUAUGAGACAGAGCUGGGCUUGCGGCAGCUUGUAGAAUCGGACAUCAAUGCCCUGCGCAGGAUCCUCGAUGAGCUGACCUUGUGCAAGUCUGACCUGGAGGCCCAGGUGGAGUCCCUGAAGGAGGAGCUGCUGAGCCUCAAGCAGAACCACGAGCAGGAAGUCAACACCCUGCGCUGCCAGAUCGGAGACCGCCUCAAUGUGGAGGUGGACGCAGCCCCCACUGUGGACCUGAACCGCGUGCUUAACGAGACCAGGAGUCAGUAUGAGGCUCUGGUGGAGACCAACCGCAGGGAUGUGGAGGAAUGGUUCACCACCCAGACCGAGGAGCUGAAUAAGCAAGUGGUGUCCAGCUCGGAGCAGCUGCAGUCCUGCCAGGCGGAGAUCAUUGAGCUGAGACGCACGGUCAACGCCCUGGAGAUCGAGCUGCAGGCCCAGCACAACCUGAGGGACUCCCUGGAGAACACGCUGACGGAGACCGAGGCCCGCUACAGCUCCCAGCUGUCCCAGCUGCAAUGCAUGAUCACCAACGUGGAGUCCCAGCUGGCUGAGAUCAGGUGUGACCUGGAGCGGCAGAACCAGGAGUACCAGGUACUGCUGGACGUCAAGGCCCGGCUGGAGUGCGAGAUCAACACGUACCGGGGCCUGCUGGAGAGCGAGGACUGCAAGCUGCCCUGCAACCCCUGUGCCACGACCAAUGCAUGUGACAGGCCCAUCGGACCCUGUGUCACCAAUCCCUGCACCCCAUGUGGCCCACGCUCCCGCUGUGGGCCCUGCAACACAUUUGGAUGUUAG